GAGCCGGAGGAAGACGCCACCGCCAUGAGCCGCACAGUGUGCGGGACGGUCCUGCGGCGGCUGCCGGCGGCCGGAUCCGCCCCCGCGGCCUCCCGCUCCUCCGGCCGCAGGCUCCAGGCUGUGCCGAGGUCCGAGCCCCGCAGAGGGCUGUCGGUGUCGAGCAGGGGAACCAUGAAUGUGUUCAACAGGGAGAUGAAGAAGAGGCAGAAGAACUGGGCUGCGUCGCUGCAGGACGGCCACCAGUACGACUACCUGAGGGACGAGGUCGGCAGUCGAGUGGCUGAUCGGGUCUAUGACAUCGCAAGGACGUUCCCUGUGGCGUUGGACGUCGGCGGUGGGAAAAGUCACAUCGCAGAGCAUUUGAGCAAGGACGUUGUGCAGCGUUUGUUCCUGACGGACAUCUCAGAGAAGACUCUGAAACAGCGGAGGCAGAGUGAGAUCCCGACUCACUGCGUUCUGGCCGACGAGGAGUUCCUGCCGUUCAAAGAAAACACCUUCGACCUGGUGGUGAGCAGCCUGAGCCUGCACUGGAUAAACGACCUGCCCGGUGCCCUCAAACAGAUCCACCAGGUGCUGAAGCCAGACGGGGUGUUCAUCGGGGCGAUGGCGGGCGGGGAGACGCUCUACGAGCUGAGGUGUUCCCUCCAGCUGGCCGAGACCGAGAGGGAGGGAGGAUUCUCCCCCCGCGUCUCCCCCUAUACCGCCGUCACCGACCUGGGCAACCUGCUGGGCCAGGCUGGCUUCAACAUGCUGACUGUGGAUGUUGACGACGUUCAGGUCCACUAUCCAGGAAUCAUGGAGGUCAUGACCGACUUACAAGGUAUGGGAGAGAGUAACUGUGCUUGGAACAGGAGGUCGUUGUUGCACAGAGACACCAUAUUAGCAGCAGCCGCCAUUUAUAAAGAGAUGUAUGGUAACGAGGACGGGUCCGUUCCCGCCACCUUUGAGAUCCUCUACAUGAUUGGCUGGAAGCCUCAUGAGUCACAGGCCAAACCAGCAAAGCGAGGCUCCGCCACCGCGUCCUUCGGGGAUUUGUCAAAGAUCAGCCAGCCAGCCGACACGGACAAGUCAUAGAGCCGUCCGAGCCGCUGCGCAGCCGUCGUACUGGGGAUUGUGGAUAAUAUUAUUUUAUUUAAACAACUAUGUUCAGUAGCCGGGUUAAAAGUAACUUGUGUUUUAAUAUUCUCUGGAAUAAAGCAGGGCGGUGAAAGCAUCGUGAGGACACUGAUUCCUUUGACUGGAGCUUUAGGGGUAGAAAUGCGCAGCUAGCGAGGCUCGGAUUGACCAGUGGAAGCUGACUCCUUUGCCCAGGUGGCGUCGGAAAGUCACGACGGAAGGGAAACAGAAACACGCCCCCAACGGAAUUUCUUCACUUUUGGCACAAACCUGCGCUUGGACCCGAGGAUCAGCUGAUUAGGUUUUGGUGGUCAGAGGUCAAAGGUCAAGGUCGCGGUGACCUCACUGCAUUCCACCAAAUGUCCAAUAGGAUAGAAUGAAGACGUGAUGACCUUUUAUAUCCAAAAGGUCAAAGGUCAACAUCACUGAGACGUCAUAAUGUUCUGCAGAUACACUUAAUACCUUUUUAUUAAAUUCCUUCAAAGUC